CGCGCCCAUCGCACAUGGAAUAGAGAACCGCGCUCUUUGGACCGUGCUGUGGCCGUGGUAGUAAAUGGUAAAAUGAAAAUUUAUCUUACAAUCGAAAGUUCUCGACUUCUCUUAUUUAAUUAUGAGUAUUUGAUUGAUUUAUGACCGGUCAAUGACUAAAUUUUAAAGAAUUAAUGCAAUUAACUCAUGAAGAAUUCAAUUGAUUUACUGUAGCUUCUGAUAUGGCUGUUGUCCCAUUGCAAGCAAAUGUAAUUCGCCAAAUAAGCAGUGCGCAAAUAGUUAGCUCAAUAUCAUCUGUCGUUAAGGAACUGAUGGAAAACGCAAUUGAUGCAGGAGCAAACUGUAUUGAUGUAAAACUGGAUAAUUAUGGAUUGGAUCGAAUUGAAGUUACAGACAAUGGCAGUGGUAUCUCCCACCAAAAUGCUCCCCUCGUCUGCUUGCCUAGUCACACUUCCAAAAUUAAUAGCUUGCAUGAUCUUGAAAGGUUAGCAAGUUAUGGCUUUCGAGGUGAAGCAUUAAGUGCCAUCUGCGCUGUGGCGCAAGUUACAAUUGUCACACGAUCAAAAGAUCAUGAGCUUGCCAUGGCUUAUACCUAUGAUUCCAACGGGAAAGUAUCUGAAUCAAGAAUGGCACACAGAGGCAAAGGAACAGUCAUUUGUGCUACGGGGCUAUUUAAAUCCUUGCCGGUGAGGAAGCAGAUAAUGAGCAAGAACAAAAAAGCACAGGAAGAACUGAGGAAUGUUGAACAGGCUGUUAAAUCUUUUGCUGUGAUACACCCCAAUCUCCGAGUCACUUUAGCCCACAACAAAUGUCUCAUCUGGCAGAAAACCAGUGUAGCCAAUUUGAAGCUGGCAUUUCUUCAAGUUGCAUCCUCUGCAGUCGUUAAAAAUUUGGAUUUCCUGGAUUACAAAAAUGAAGAACUGUCCCUUGAAAUGCUUGUGCCACGGUUUGACUCGGAUUUCAGUAUAAUGGGCCUGUCAUCUCCAAACAAGGCAUUUUUCUUCUAUAUCAAUUUACGACCCAUCAAAGAUUCAAAAUUGGAAAAGCUUGUCAUAGAGGAAUUUCAGGAAUAUUUUGGAACACACCUUCCUCCUAACAAGUACCCAUAUUGUCUGAUCUCCUUUAAAUUAAAUCCUUCAGAUCUUGAUGUAAAUCUAGAGCCUAAUAAAACAAAAAUUUUAAUACGUGACCAGGAAAAAAUCUUGAGAAUUGUGAAAGAUCAGCUAUUAAAGUACUAUAACAAUCCUCUCGCAGAGUCCAAUGUUGAAAUUACUAAGAACUUUUUCCUCCGAAAAGAAAUUUUGGACUGUGAUGGUUUCAAAACAAAAAAAAGGAGGAUUGAAAGCGAUGUAAACUCUCAUGACAGUGAGUCCGGUCGAAACACCAAUGGCCAAAACUGUGUUGAAAAUUACUGUGAAGCUCAAAAUAUCGAAGUCUUGAAAAAGCCCAACAAUGACACUUCUCAAAACUAUCCCAAAACCUGUGAGAAGCAAAAAAUUUUCAGUGGUGUAUCGGCUGAUAACUUUCUUUCUCUUUAUCCUUCAGAACCUAAUUGUAAAACACAAAACGGCGGUCAGGUGGGAAUGGAUCAAAAAAGUUUAAAAAAUGAUAUAGUGAAUGGAUUAUUUUCAUUAUCUGGAGAUGUCAAUGCAUCUGCACAGAACAGAUUGAAAAAUGUAAGUGCAGAAACGGGUGAAAUGACCGUUGAAAACGUACCUCUGAAUACUGAUAGUACACAUCAAGGCACCGCUUGUAAUGUUUCAGAAAUUAGUGAUGUAAGGAAAACAAAUUUAGACACCAAUAUCUGUGCUAAUGCAGUCGCUGAAUCGGUCGGAGUACUUCAUACUAGUCUGUCUGAGCAUCCUAAAAAUGAAGAAACCAUGAAAUUAAAGUUGGGGGAUGUUAAAAUGAACGGUGAUUAUUCCACUGGCAUUGAGAAUAGUACUAUAUCUUACACAAAUGCAUUCAUUUCUGGAAGUGAUGAUAAUAUUUUCAGUAAUGAGCUACUAACAAGCCUUGAGAACAGUGAUGAAUGUAGCAAAAUAAGAAAAUUUUCAUCUAAUCUUUCAAGUAGCUCUACUAGUAGUGAUGAAAGCAAUGGGAGGUGUGGAACCACCAGCAAUAGUGAUAACAUUUGUAAGUUUUUGGAUGGAAUUUUAGACUUAGAAGUCCCGAAUGUUUCUCAAACUGAAGAUCAGAUUUUUAAGAAUGAAAAAUGCACCAGUUCAUCAUGUGACAAAGAAUGGAGUGAAUGUACAUCAACUCAAAAUUCAGCUUCACAGAGCACACACAAUCAGAGUAGUGUCUGCUCUUCCAUCUUUGAAGAAGAGAAAGAUUUGAAAUUUCAGAAUUUUCUCAAAUCUCAUGAUGAAAAAGUUAAGGAGGUUGUACCCAAUUCUGUUCAAAACAAGGAAUCAUCCAACAAUGUUGAAGAAAUUUCUGCUCUUUUAACAGCAGAGAACUGUCAAGUGACUGGUUUAAAUAUAAAUGAAAUAACUGCUUCGCAAUGGAGUAUGGGGCAAGUGGCCCUAGAUAGCAAUCUGUUGCAGGGACCUGGAGUUUUUACUAAGGAAACAAUGAAUAAUGUGUCAACCCUCCAGCCGGUUCACACUCCUAGGAAAGAAACGUCAGGGAAAACUUUAGUGAAAAAGAAAGGAGGACAUUUCAUGGAUGUUGCCAAAGAACUAUCUCUCCUGAAACCAGAGGUAGAAAAAGAUGUUUUUGGGAUGAAGGUAGAGAAAACCUCUGAAGUGUCUCAGAAGCAAGAGCUCACUCAAAAAAGUAAAUCCAAGGAAGACAUGAGAAGCUGGCUCAAGCAUAACAGGCGCCUGUUAUGUUGUGAAACCAAACACCUUAAAUUCAUAGGAGAAAUGAUAAAAUCACAAGAAAUUUUAUCCAGUGACAAUUCAGUCAUAUUAUUUCGUAAAGUCACCCACGUAAAUGACUCAUCUACUGCAUGGCUUUACCAGGAAAACAGCAAAAUAGGCUUAGUGAAUGUUCACAGAUUACGAGAGGUGACUGAGUAUCACAGACUCUUGGUGGAUAAAAUAUUGCCCUCGAAAGCAUUGGAAAAGACCAUUGAGUUCUCUGAAUCGGACGUUGGAUCAGAACUAUGGAAAACUCUCUUGUCUUUGAGGUCAAGAACGUGUCUAGAUGAAGACUUCGUGGCUCGAGAGAUUAUUGAUCAGCGUAUGACUCACAAUGGCCUUAAGAUCAGUCUAAAAGAUGUAGACGGAAGGCAUACUGCUCGCAUCAUAGGUGUUCCGCAAAAUGUGUCAUAUUUUGGGUUAACUGAAGUGAAGGAAACCCUGCAUUUAAUCUCGCGCUCCUUCCACAUGAAUAAAUGUAGGCCAAUGAAAAUCAAAUGUCUCUUGAAGGGGGAGGUCACAAGGAUAUGUGAAGCUGUUCAGACUGAAGAAAUAACCGAAGAGCAAAUUUUCAACUGGCUUGUGCACUGGAUUAAUUAUAUUCGCCCAACCGAUGAUAAGUGUCUUCAUCAAAUACCAGUCCUUUACCCACUCCACGAUUUAGAUGCUGUUUAUUAAAUCAUGUUUAAAGAUCUAGUCAGAAAAUAAGAAUAGAAAUGUAAAAAUGAAGUAAUUUAAAGCCUAGAAGUACAAGAACAUUUCUUAAAAAAUUAUCAGAUGUUUUUUUCCCCUGAGUUAGUUUUGUUUGAUUUAUUAGCUGCAAUAAAUCUGCCAAAGGUGAUCAGAGAUUUGAGAGAAAGAAUUGCCCAUUGCCCACGUUGAAGAGUCUUAUUAUGCAGGAAUUCAAUAGUAAUACUUGCUGUAAAACAACGUUUACCAUCAGUUGGGGAACCCCGGGGCAGUUUUAGGCUUUCCUUCAAAAUUUCUCCCAUAAAACAAAAGGUACAACAUUGUUUUCCCCUUCAUUUGUUAGUCUUAGCAUACACUCAAAACCCAUGAUGCAUAAUUUUUUCCUUCCAAAAAAUGUUUGUGUCCCAAGUUAUGCGAAUAGUUAGGGUUACCAAGACGCUGAUGUAAUCUUGCUGCUUGGCCAACAUUCAAAAGUAAUCACGCAACUUAGGAUAAAAAAAAAAUAAAGAGAAAUUACAAGAAAGAA